UACUAUUUUCGAUAUCGUCGAUGCUUUUUGUUCAUUCUUAUUCGUUAUCUGAACCGGACACCCUUUUGAAAUUCAAAGCUUCUUUAAGAAAUGCUAGUCAUUUGGAUUGGGAAAAAAGCCCCAAGCCGCCGUGCAACGGCCACCGCUCGAGAUGGGUCGGCGUCGUUUGCAUGAACAGCUCCGUCUUGGGUCUGCAGCUCGAGGGCAUGGGAUUAUCAGGCACCAUUGAUGUCAAUACAUUGACUGGGUUUCCCAACUUGAAAUCCCUGAGCUUUAUGAACAAUCGUUUCAAUGGUUCCAUGCCGGAUUUCAGGAAACUUAAAACCUUGAAAUCCCUUUAUUUGUCGAAGAAUCAAUUUUCCGGUGACAUUCCGGAGAAUGCAUUCAAAGGUUUAAUUAAGAUGAUGAAGUUGUAUCUGUCGGGAAAUAAGUUCACCGGUGAGAUUCCUUCGUCGGUGUUGGAUCUUCCUAAGCUGAAAGAGAUUAAACUCGAUCGGAAUCAAUUUUCGGGUCGGAUACCUGACUUUAGACAGACGAACCUACAAGUAGCAAACUUCUCGAACAAUGAAUUGGAAGGUCCUAUACCGGUAAGGCUUAGGAGGAUGACUGCUACCAUGUUUUCAGGUGAGUGUGAUUGA